GCUGAGAGGCAGAGCAUCUCCAUUCACUCACCUCCAGAGUUGCCCAAGGAUCUUUUUGCUGCCUGUCACCUUGCUCCUGAGCACUCACCAGCUGAGAUGUCCUGCCAGCAGAGCCAGCAACAGUGCCAGCCCCCUCCCAAGUGUGCUCCCAAGUGCCCUCCCAAGUGCCAGACACCUAAAUGCCCCCCUAAAUGCCCCCCUAAGUGCCCCCCUAAGUGCCCCCCUGUGUCAUCCUGCUGCAGCCUGGGGUCUGGUGGCUGUGGCUCCAGCUCUGGUGGCUGCUGUGGCUCCAGCUCCGGGGGCUGCUGCAGCUCUGGGGGUGGCGGCUGCUGCCUGAGCCACCACAGGCCCCGCAGAUCUCUUCGUCGCCAUCGUCACAGCUCUGGAUGCUGUAGCAGUGGUGGCAGCAGUGGUUGCUGUGGCAGCAGUGGUGGCAGCAGUGGCUGCUGUGGCAGCAGCGGGGGCAGCAUUGGCUGCUGUGGCAGCAGCGGGGGCAGCAGCGGCUGCUGUGGCAGCAGCGGUGGCAGCAGUCAGCAGUCUGGAGGCUGCUGCUGACCUGAGCCGUUAAUAUUUAGACAAGCCCUGCAGGAGAAAGCCAUGUUCAGAGUCCUGACCCUUACUUUUGUUAUUCUCUGCUCCUGCUGCCCUCAGUGCCCUGGGCUUCGAGAUGUAGUCUUAUGGGAAAUUCUGAAUGUUCCCCUCUGUUAAAGGGCCUGUCUUCUGUUUCAGCGUAAUAAACUCUUCCAUUACAA